AUGAUGGAGUUGACUGCCAUCCCUUCGUAUCACUAUAACCCAACAGAUGUAUCUGGAGACAAUGGCUCCAUCUAUUACAGUGACGAUGAGUAUGACUUUAAGGACGAGCAUGCUGAGCUGAAACAGUCUCUCCUCACCAUGAUUGCCGUUGUUCACAGUCUGGUCUUUGUUCUUGGUGUGCUCGGGAAUGGAGUGGUUAUCUGGGUGACCGGGUUCAAGAUGAAGAAAACAGUUAACACAGUUUGGCUCCUCAACCUCGCUGUGGCCGACUUCCUCUUCACAGCAUUCCUGCCUCUGGGUGUGGUGACCAUAGCUUUGGACCUCCACUGGCCUUUUGGCAAGUUCAUGUGCAAACUGAACGGCGCCUUAUACUAUCUAAAUAUGUUUGCCAGUGUCUACAUUCUGAUGGUGAUCAGUGUGGACAGAUGUGUGUUAAUUGUGUGGCCCGUCUGGGCCCGGAACCACAGAAGUGUACAUAAGGCGUAUUGUGUGAUUCUGGGUGUUUGGAUACUGGCUCUGAUUUUCAGCACUCCAUACUUCAUCUUCAAGGACACUCUAUCAUUGAACAAUAUAGGCGUCACUAUCUGCUUUCAUAGCUAUGCCCUCUCUGAUGACUAUGAAACACCGUCUGUGAAUCAGCUGCGACAGUUUCGUCAUCAGGCCAUGAUCACCAGCCAAUUCCUCCUGGGAUUUGUUGUCCCCUUCACUGUCAUUGUCUCCUGUUAUGCUGUGAUAAUCCAUCGAAUCAGAAGAAACCGCACCCUGGCCAGCCAGUCAAGUCGCCCCUUUAAGAUCAUCGCUGCAGUUAUCACCACUUUUUUCUUGUGCUGGGCUCCUUAUUACACCAUGCUUUUAAUUGUGAUGGAUCAAUCCAUAUCUUCUCAUCAAAGUGAAACAUCCAGUGUUAUCACAAUCUGGGCCCCUGUAUUUACCUGCCUGGCUGUUCUCAACAGUUGCUUGAACCCUGUGCUGUAUGUGUGCAUGGGCCAAAAUUUCAAAGAUAAUGUCUGUAAAUCCAUCCCAAAAGCAUUGGAGACAGCCUUUCAGGAAGAGGUUUCUGGCCCUCGCACUGACACAAAGUCAGUGCACACCAGUCAGAGCAAAGAGAUGACAACUUGUGAUACUGCAUUAUAA